AUGUCAAUAGUAGAAGUAGAAAUAAAGUUUUCAUUCAAUGAAGAGAUUAAACAAUCAAUCAUAGAGAGAUGUACAUCAUUUGGAGGUGAAAAGACAUUUGUUGACAAGUAUUGGGAUCAUCCAACACUCUACAGUCUGUCUUUGAGCAAUAUAUGGUUACGUCAACGUGAUAAUCGAUGGGAAUUAAAGAUACCACCAACCCAACUACAAGAUAUAAAUAAUAAUAAUAAUAAUAAUAAUAAUAAUAACGACUAUAAUUCAAAUCUAUCAACAUAUCAAGAGAUUGAAGAUCCAAAAGAAAUAUUAAAUGUUUUAGUAAACUUGAAAUAUUUAUCUUCUUCUUCUUCUUCUUCUUCCUCUACUUUUACUUCUUCAUCUACUUCUACUCCAGAUGAAAUAUUAAAGAAAAGAUUAGAGGAUAGUGGGAUGAAAGAGUAUGCGACGAUAAAGACGAUAAGAACCAGCUAUCUUUUGACAAUCGAGUUGGAUACUUUUACAGUGGUGUUUGAUCAAACCGAGGGAUCGUUGAACGAUUAUCAAGUCGGUGAGUUGGAGUUGUUGGUAGAGGUACCUCUAACUGCCACCGAUUCAGAAAAGCAAUCGGCGCAUAAAGAUGCCAAUAACAAGGUACUACUAUUGGCAAAAUUACUUGGUGUCAACCAAGGUGACACAAACAUGAAAAAGCAAAGAGCAAAGAUUGAAGAUUUCACUCAGGCUGGUUUGGCUGCUAUCGCCUCAGCCCAAGAAAAAGUCUGUGUAGUUAAAUCUGUAAACGGUCAAGUCUCCAAUGUUGUUUGGGUAACCUUUAAGCCAUUUGCUCAAAAUCAAAUCUCGUGGAAAGAGGAGUAUGGACUCUACGCAAGUAGCACUCAAAUCCAAAACGGUGCCACUAUUAGCCGUCUUUCUACCUUGAAGGCCGCUGCCAAGGGACACCAAUACCCAUUCAACAGCUCUGGUUUCUUUGACCAAGCCGACUCUGUCUCUGUCACUUCAUACGGUCUUGUCAACAACUAUGGCGAACCAUUGACCUUUGGUCUCACCCAAUCAGCUCUUAUCAACGGUGUCCAAGUCGACUCUGAAUUAAAUGCCACCACCGUCCUUGGAAACCAAACCGCUGAAUACACUCCAAUUGUCACACUCUCUGUCUUUGUUCAAUCACAACAAAACAAUGGUUCAGUCAUCUCUUCCAUUACCAGUCAAUCUCUCACCCUUACCUAUACCUCUGAUACCACAAAGGCUGUCUUUUAUGAUGACAACUCGAAUUCCUUUGUCGAGGGAAAUCUUCCAAACUAA